AUGUCCUCCCGGAACCCAUCGACGUGGGACGAGUACGAACGGGGUGCUUCUCCCCAGCGCUCCGUGAGUAUCGACUCCAACGCCGUCACUGAAGACCAGUCGCUUCUUGGCGACGAUGAGGAGAAUGCCUACGGAGGGAGUCAUCAUGGCCUGCGUCGUCGAAGGUCGUCUGUAACGCGACACCUCGCCGCCAUCACCGAUAUUGGCGGCGUCAACAGUAUUCGCUCCUUCACCCGCAGUUGGGCGCGUGCGGCUGGCUUUGCCGAAGUCAUUCCCCAGAGGCCCUCCUUCGUCUUCGCACCCGACCAGGCACCGAUUGCCUCCUCGUCAGCAGAAGCUCUCGACUAUUCCCGUAGCCUUGUCGAGCCCGAGUCCCACCCGAGAACCUCGCUAUUGAGACAGCAUCUAGAAGCCACCCCCGAAAAUGGAGCUGGCUCUUCGCACGAGAAUGGCUCUUCGGCGUCUGCCGUUGUCGACGAAUCUUCUCAAGCCGAUUUCCGCGACAGGGAGCGCAAAGCUGUCGAUGCUGACAUGUCGGGGGCUUUCCACGGAUCGAGCUUUGGCAGCGGCCGCCGGCCGUCGCAGUCAAUUUUUGCAGUUGCUCCUCAUCUGGCAACACCGCCUCUGUUCGGGAGCUACGGAUCGUACCGGACCUAUGGCACGAUAUCCGACGUUGACGCGCCGUCAAUGGCUCGGGCCGGUGAGCUGUGGCGCCAGCAACAGCAAGAGGGUGGAAAUGUGCCCGAUGGUGAACACCCUCAAAUUUUGGUGAAGGAGGUUGAGCAGGACGGCAAGAUUGUUCUCACUGUGGAGGGCCAGUCUACGCUACCUCAGACCAUUUUCAACUCGAUCAACGUUCUCAUUGGGGUAGGUCUCCUGAGUCUACCCAUGGGUAUCAAGUAUGCUGGUUGGAUUUGCGGCAUGGUCGUUCUGGCGGGCUCCGCUGCCGUGACGGCGUACACUGCGAAACUCCUCGCCAAAUGCAUGGAUCUGGAUGCCAGCUUGAUCACAUUCUCUGAUCUAGCCUACAUCUCGUACGGUCGCAAUGCCCGUAUUGCUACGAGCAUUUUGUUCACCAUGGAGUUGCUAGCUGCAUGCGUGGCCCUCAUUGUGCUGUUCGCCGACUCUCUGGUUCUCUUGUUCCCGGGUUUCUUGAGCGUAAAUAUGUGGAAGAUUAUCUGCUCCGUGGUCAUGAUCCCUCUCAACUUCCUGCCUUUGAGACUGCUAAGCUUCACCAGCGUGAUUGGCAUUCUGUGCUGCUUCAGUAUCGUAUUGAUCCUGGUCGUUGACGGACUCAUCAAGCCAAAUACACCUGGCUCUCUGAUUGAGCCUGCUACGACGUAUCUUUUCCCGGCGAACUGGGGCACCUUACCGCUGAGUUUUGGCCUGCUCAUGAGCCCUUGGGGCGGUCACAGCGUGUUUCCCAACAUUUACAGAGAUAUGCGCCAUCCUCACAAAUAUCCCAGGGCUGUCAAGACGGUCUUCUCGUCUGUGUACCUCCUGGACGCCUUCACGGCCGUAGUUGGUCUCCUGAUGUACGGCGACAGUGUCAUGGACGAAAUCACUGCGAACAUCCUCCAAACCAGCGGGUAUCCUCGUGCCCUAAACUUCUUGCUAUGCAUCUUCAUCGCGAUUAUCCCUCUUACCAAGAUUCCGCUCAACGCGCGACCCAUCAUCUCUACUCUAGAGGUAUUGACGGGCAUCCACCAGCAGGCCGUCUCUGGCAACCAGGCCAUGGUAGGUCGGUCUGCGACAUUCCGUGGGGUGAUGAAGAUUGCCGUUCGAGUUGUCACGAUCUUCGUCUUCCUGGUCAUCUCCAUCGUAUUCCCGGCCUUUGACAGCAUAAUGGCGUUCAUGGGCAGUGCUUUGUGCUUCACGAUCUGUGUGCUCUUGCCUCUGGCUUUCUACGUUAAGCUGUUCGACAAGGAGAUCUCAGCCAGGGAGAGGUUACUGUGUUACGUUCUCAUGGCCAUCUCGACGGUGUUGUCGGUUGUGGGAACCGUAUGGGCCUUCCUUCCCAAGAGCCUCAUAGGCGCGGAGUAG